CCUUCUUUCUCCCUAUCUCUCUCCCUCUCUCCCUCGUUUCAGCAGACUCGCUGGUGUUUCCAGCAGCCUCGGAUAAGUGUCAGGUUUGCAGUGAGGAGAAAAGACAGCGCGAGCGGUAGAACGAAAAAGGCACCCAUGGUUAGUUGAUGAGUCUCCGUGCGGUUCGCUUGACCUUUCCUACCGGGGGACUCGAGCGCGAGCCGAUGUCUCCGCUUAGCCGGCUCAGCUGCCAUUUUCAGGUCAAGCGAGGUUACUCGUCGAGCACGCGCUGAAACAAACCCGAACGACGACGACGAGGACGAGGAGCGAGAGGAGCUCGAGCCGCAUGGAGAGAGCCAGGAGCCGGGUCCGCGAGGGAUGUGACUGACUGAGUGAGCAAGUGAGGAUGAUGAUGAUGGCUGACGGCAGCAGAGGCCGAGGGAGGGUAGCAGAAUGUCCGCGCGGCGCGUUCCCGCCGCCGCCGCCGCCGUGCGUGGAUGUGCAGGAACUGGCCUCGAAGCGCGUGGAUGUGCAGAAGAAGCGGUUCUACCUGGACGUGAAGCAGAGCGCGAGGGGCCGCUUCCUCAAGAUCGCCGAGGUGUGGCUGGGCCGCGGGCGCGGAGGAGCAGGAGGGGGCGGCGGCAGCGGCGGCCGGGGCAGAGGCGACGGCGUGCGUAAGAGCAAGCUCACGCUGUCCAUGGCGCUCGCGCCCGAGCUCCGCUGCAGCCUGGGCGGCUUCAUCGACUGCUACGCGCGCGCUGGACUUCGCCAGGCUCAGCAGGGUAGGCACGAGGACGAGCAAGACGACGACGAGCGCGAGGCUGGCUCCGGUUCGCCGACACCGUCCGACGAGCACGCGGCGGCGGCAGCGCAGCGCGUGCUGAAGAGCGAGCUGAUCGAACGCGACAACCGCAAGUAUUACCUGGACCUGAAGGAGAACCAGCGCGGGCGGUUCCUCCGGAUCAGGCAGGCGGUCAGCAGUGGCACUGGUAGGAUGGCCAGUGGAGGCGUGGGCUACUACGGGACGGGCGCCGCAGGAGCAACGGCCGAGCAGACGGUGGUGCUGCCCGCGCAGGGGCUUAUCGAGUUCCGCGACGCGCUCUCGCAGCUCAUCGACGACUUCGGCGACGCGGACGCCGAGGAGGCCGGAGAGCGCGCGCUCGCAGGAGACCGGGGCCGCGGAGAGGGGGCGCGCGCGCUUCUGCCCGAGGCCGCGUCCUUCCGCGUGGACAACAAGCGCUUCUACUUCGACGUGGGCGCGAACCGGCGCGGCGUCUUCCUGAAGGUGAGCGAGGUGCGGCAGCCUCACCGCAGCGCCAUCACCGUUCCGCUGAAGGCGUGGGCGCGCUUCGGUGAGAGCUUCAUGCGCUACGAGGAGGAGAUGCGCCGCAUACUGGCGUGCCGAGCGGACAGGAGGACGGAGAGGCGCGCGGACGCCGACGAGAACGAGGACUGACGACGGCUCGCCCUUGUGUGUGUGUUGU